GUUUUUUACUAACGAUAAUGCUACGAUGUAUAUUGUGGGUACUAUGGUUCACAACAAUAUCUACGUGUGCUGAGGUACAGUUCCCUAAGUUUGAAGCCACAAGUUCCUUCAAUUCAUCUUUUACGCCAGAUCACAUGCGCUAUUUGAGAAACGAAACAAAAUCACUCUUUGACCACGCUUGGACAUCAUACAUGAAAUAUGGCUUUCCUAUGGAUGAGGUGAGACCAAUCACUUGUGAGCCAUAUGGCCCCGACGUUAAGGAUUACACCAACGUGAUACGAAACGACGUUCUUGGAAAUAUAUCUCUGACCCUAAUGGAUAAUCUUGAUACGUUGGUGAUUCUUGAAAAAUGGGAUGAUUUGGAGAUGGCAUUGGGGUAUUUGUACCGAGAGAAAGAUUCAUACUUUGACAAGGAUGUGGUAGUACAAGUGUUCGAGAUGACCAUCCGGUCAUUGGGAGGAUUACUUUCGAUACAUACAAUAUUGAGUGACAGCUCACUAAUGAAGAACUUGCGAUUUCGCCAGAUAUGCCAGAAUUACGAUGGGUUUCUUCUUGAAAUGGCAUAUGAUUUGGGCAAGCGGUUGAUCCCUGCCUUCAAAACCACAAAUAAUAUUCCAGUCCCGCGAGUUAACUUGAAAAGAGGUGUCAAAGGAGUGCCAUCCAGUUUACAAUUAGAAACAUGCACAUCUGGAGUCACCACGCCAGUCCUAGAAAUGACGUUACUUUCGAAGUUAACGGGUGACCUACAAUUUGAAAAGUACACCCAGCUAGCAUUUUGGAAGAUUUGGAAUUCAAGACUGUCUUUGGAUUUGCUCCCCAUGACGAUUUCCCCAGCGGAAAGUGAAUGGAAGGAUUCGAUUACAGGAAUCGGAGCCUCAAUUGAUUCCUUCUACGAGUAUUGCGUCAAAGGAUCGAUAUUAUUUGAUGAUACGCAUAUGUGGGAAGUUUUCAAAACUUCAUAUAAGGCACUUAUGACCCAUCUGGUUAAGGGUAGUCCAGACGAGUUCACUUCACUAAUCUUCGCAAACAUUGGUAGUGAGGAAGGGCUAGAUGCUACAAUUUGGAUUGACCUGUUGAGCGGCUUUUGGCCAGGUGUGCAAGUGCUAAGUGGACAGUUGAAAGAUGCCAUUGGUACACAUAUGGUGUUUUUAAAGCUUUGGGAUUAUUUUCAAAUAAUCCCCGAAAGAUGGAAUUUUUUGCUACCAAAAGAAGCGAUUAAACUGGAGGAAGAUACCAUUGGCUUGGAAUGGUAUCCUUUAAGACCCGAGUUUGUAGAGUCCACUUACUACUUAUACCAAGCCACGCACGAUCCCAUGUACCUUCAAAUCGGUGAAACGGUGUUGAAUCUCUUCAAAACCAAGUUCAUGGCUCCAUGCGGGUUCAAGGGGGUCCAGGACGUUAGAACAGGUUCAUUUCAAAAUAGGAUGGAGUCGUUUGUCCUUAGUGAGACCUUGAAGUACUUGUACUUGCUAUUUGACGAACAAAACGAGGUAUUUUUGCACAGCAAAAGAAUGGGAGAUACAAACUGGGUAUUCUCCACAGAGGGACAUCCAUUAUGGUUUGACUACAAUACAGAGAAGACGUUUAAAGGUUCUAAUAUCACUCCAAAGAAACAUGAGUUUGUCGCUGAGGGACACCGUGAGAACCUGAUGUUCAAGUCAUUUAAAGGACUUUUCAGCACCACUCGAAAGCUAAAAGAUGGAACCACCAAAGAUAUUACAAUCGAGUAUAUCGAUGAUCAUGAGUUUGUGGAUCCAUUCCAGUAUAAGUUUGACAAGUGUGAAGUCAACCCAUUUACAAGUGGUAGUACAGAUUUCAUGAAGUCCAGCUACUAUGAACUAGAUAACUUGUUCAAUUUAGACUACGAGUAUUCCUCGCACCUUUACCAUCCCCAUUAUCUUCCACAAACAAGUCUAGAUAACAGCUACAUCGAGUUGGCGGAUGACUUCUACAAACGCUUCACUCUAUUUAAUCCCAAGCUCACAUGCUCACUUCAAUCAAACACCGAGAAAUUCGACAUUUUCAUAGGUGACAAGACUAGCAUUCGAAACAAUUCAUUGACGUUGAUCCCACUGUCGAACACUCUCUGGAUCCAUGAGUUUGACAAUGUCCGCCUAUCGAUGGAGUUAAUACAGAAAGGAAAAAUAGAUUCGAGGCAUAAUUAUAUUACUCAGCAGCAAGUAGAAACCACUAAUCUGAGAUUGGUGGAAGGAGUGUUGGAUCCAAACAUAACUCUCUACGAUGCAUCAGUGAGAAUCACACGCAUUAAUGGGGUGUUCGUUAAACCUGAACAUGAACUUGUUGUUUCGAGAUUCACGCAAGAUCAGCUUAAGCGCCCCGGCGCAAACAAGAGAAAGGAUCGUCUAACCAUAUACAACUCACAGGUUCUUCUUGAUGGUGUGGUGAUAGAGAACUUGCGAAUAACAGAUUGAAUAUGCCAAUUUUAAGGUGUUCUACCUAUUACAUAAUACAGAACUCUAAUAAAUAAGGUUCGGAAUUAAUAGCCGUUGGGCGAAGAAAGUGACAACAGAACAUAAGUACACAAGUACACAAAACAUAAAAGGACAGUAGACAACAAUAGAUAUGCAUAACAACACGAAUGCCGUAUAGACUCUCUGAUGAGUCAGGUUCUUCAAGUGUCUAUAAAUACCGGUACCGGUCCCAAGUUCAGAAGGCUGCAAAAUAUCAGUAGUUCCUUGUAUAACCGAAAGAAUCCAAAAUCGCGGCCUUGACUCAUACAAAACAACAUAAAAAUUUUUC